UGGAAGAGAAGUAGAAAAUGACAGGCAUUACAGCAGGGCUUAUAUAACUCGGUGGCGUGACUCAGAACCAAAGAACCGACCGAGUCAACUCACCGACCCAAGCGAGUCGUUUUGUUCUGGCAUUUCAUCAAACAGCUAGAGAGCAGAAGCUGGAGGAGAAGAAGAAGAUUACAAUAACGUCGCUCUCGAGGAAGCACUCCGAAGCUCCCGCCACCCUUUUCAUACUCUAGCUACAACUUCCAAUAAAAAGACUAAAAUACCCCGAGGUCAUUUUCGUAAUUUACGAAACCCCCCUUUCUCCCUUCUCUACAAGCCCUAUUCGCCCUCGGAGAUGUUCAAUUCCUCUUCUAUUUCAUCUUUCUCCAGUUGGGCUUGUCGUAAAUAAUCCAAACUCUGUUCUUGGAUUGCUUGGGUUGUCAGAUAAUAGGAUUUUCCUCAGUUGGAUUUGAUUAGAUUUUCAUUUUUUACUGUAUCUGUUUGAAUAUUUUUUUCUUUUUCUUUUUAAAUUUCCGAGGGUUUUUAGAGAAUGGAACCGACGGACAUCGUCGGGAAGUCGAAAGAGGACGUCUCGUUGCCGAAAGGUCCUACUGGAAAGCUAUUGUGUGUUACUUUGGACAGAAAAGCAUUCCACCUUUCCUACUUUCCUAGGUUGAUGAAUAGCUUAAAAGAAGGUUUAUUUUGGGUAUUAAUAUCAAUGAGGUGGUGGAAAUGUUUCAAGCAAACAUGCAUUCCCCACCUUUUUUGGACAGAAUAGGCAAAACAUACUCGAUUUGGCUAUGUUCUAUGCUAGCAGGUGGGAUGGAUGAAUCGUCUGGGGCUCCGCCAAUACCUGGUGCAUCUAAUUCUCAAGUUGAAAGUGGUGGUGGAAUAGUUCAUGCAACUAUGUUUAAGAUCAUUAAGGAGAUGCUGCCACCAGAUGUCCGAGUUGCAAGAGAUGCCCAAGAUCUUCUCGUUGAGUGUUGUGUAGAGUUCAUCAACCUUGUUUCGUCGGAGUCUAAUGAAGUAUGUAGCAAAGAGGAAAAAAGAACAAUUGCACCUGAACAUGUUCUCAAGGCUCUAGAGAUUAUCAACUCAAACAGGAGUCCAAGUUCACAAGACUCCUUUGCCAAGGUGCAAAUAGCACUGCAGCCAACCACCUGACAGUACCACCCUUUUAGAUUUUGCAAUUUUCAUUUAAUAUCACUGUGAAAACUACCCUGUCAUUUGGACCCGCAGAAGGAUUUCACAAGUACCUCAACUGUUACUGCCACCAACAGCAAUCCUGUUGGUUCCAACUGCCUAUAUUCUUUCAUCUACCCACCCAAGAACUAGCUCCAACAUGCACCUCCCCUCCAUGUUUGCAUCACACUGAUGGCAUGACUCACAUUCAUAUGAAAGCCAAAAAAAAAAGAAAGGAAAAACCAUAGAAGUUGUUCAGACCUUUUGGAGGACGGAAAUCAUAGGUUUGCCACAGCCCGUGACAAUUGAUCCUUGAUUAUAAAUCCAUAGGAUUUUGUGGAUUUUGUUUGCAUAAGCUGCCCACUUGUGCCCUCCCGAGUUCUCUUUUUCUUUCCUUCAAUCUUUUCAAAGUAUGGAGGGGAUAAGGAAGCUAUGAAUCUAGGAACAUAGCAAACCUCUGAUUGCUUGACCAUGUCCUAGUUGCUUAACUUCGGUCUUGUUUAACAGAAAGGCCUAAUGAGUAAGGGGCACAUUUCAGUGUUACCGGGCAGAUGUUGGAUCCAGUGAUGCGUCCAUAGAAUCGUACCCGUACAUAAGAUGCGUCACCUCAGAAAACCUGCAGAUACCAAAAAUCAGACCGAUCCAAAACUUGGAUGGGCCACAGCACAGGGAACAAAUUGAGAGGGUACACUCACUAUUGAUUAGUGUGCGGGGCCCCCCGUGUUGUGCAUAUAUAUAUGAAAGAAAGGCAGAAAUAAGAAAGAGAUUAUUCCCCGAGAGCUUCUCCAGUAACAGAAAUGCCCCACACUAUCCCUCAGUGAUGACACUUCCGGAGUUGCGAGCCUUGGGCUUCCUGACUCCCUCAGCGAACUAUCAGUUCGUGAACUCAAUCUGGGUGACUCCAUUGGUCUUGAGUCCCUAGCAACAGGAAUUUCCUCCUGUUCUUGGAACAACGCUCACAUCAUUGUGUCUAAGAAUUCUGUAUCUGGUAGUACCUCUUUCUCAGUAGACCACCAUGACUAGGCAUCGUCAAAUACAACGUGCCGAGAGAUAUACGCUUUCUUGGUAGUAGGAUCCACACGCCUCCACCCUUUCUUUUGCUCAUCGUAGCUGAUAAAGAUGCACCUCAUAUAUGUAUAUAUAAUAUCAUAUAAAAUCAAGGCCAUUCAGACCCUUCAUACAAAUGAAGGGUCAUACCAAGAUUCAGACUGUCUUGCGACUCAGGUGGACCCCUGUAGAAUUCAAGGGUGGGUGUUCCC